CUUGGCCAUCCCAUCAUGCACCGCGAGGUCUGCAGUAUAUUGACAAAGGAAAAAGGGUAGAGAAAACAAAAACAGGGUGGGAUCGGGAGCAAAAACCCCGGUGAGAAUUUAAACGCAGGAUUUAUCCGGACGCUGACAGUAAGUAAGAUGUCAUGGCCUUAAGAAGCUGAGAACAAGAAGAGCCAUUUCCACCAAAUCUUCCUCGUUAAAUUGUGGAGAGAGGGGUGGGGGGCCCAGGCAGACUGUGGACGGGGAAGGGUGAAGAGCUCAGCUGGAGCCAAUGCAGCAACAGCACCGACAGCCUGAGCUGGUGGAAGGCAGCCUUCCCGUGUUCGUGUUUCCCACUGAGCUUGUCUUCUACGCAGAUGAGCAGACGUCUCACAAGCAGGUGCUGACCCUCUACAACCCCUAUGAGUUUGCCCUCAAAUUUAAAGUGCUCUGCACAGCGCCUAACAAGUACACCGUGGUGGAUGCCACUGGAGCUGUCAAGCCACAGUGUUGUGUUGACAUAGUAAUCAGACACAGAGAUGUCCGUGCAUGCCAUUAUGGUGUGUACGAUAAGUUCCGACUGCAGGUGUCGGAGCAGAGUCAGCGGAAAGCCCUGGGUCGCAAAGAGGUGACGGCUACACUCCGUCCAUCUGCCUCACAGGAGCCCCCCAGCCCCCGGGCACAGGACGAGGAACGCAGAAUCAAAGAACAGUUCAUGGAAAGCGAGUUCUUUGAGCAGACUGCAUUCCAGACAGAAAGCCGUCCUGUUGCCGGGGGGCCCAGUCUGUUGACGGUGCUGCUUGGGUUGGUGUGUAUGGCCGCCCUGAUGCUCCCCACACUGGGAGAGCAAGAAUCUACUGUGCCUGUCUACCUCCACUUAAGUGUUAACAAGAAACUCGUUGCUGCUUACGUCCUUGGUCUUCUUACAAUGGUCAUCCUACGCACAUGAAGUGCCCUCAGUGACCUGAGAGAGAUGGAAUAAAAAUGACCUGAAUGAUGAACAGAACAAUCACACACCAGAGGCACUACUGGAGGCAGGAAAACUCACCAUUUAGAAAACUAAAUUUUUCAAAUCCACAUAUUGGUGUCGAUUCAUAAAUUGACACAGUGGUGAUUUGCUAACAGUGAGCGCCUGUGGUGUGGAGGUGAAAGGAGCUGUCCCUGAAUAGCUCUUGUGAAAAGAAACGAGGCCAUUGGAAGCAUCAUCUGGCCUCAUAUUCCCUGUGUUUGUAUCUCUCUUGCCAUUACAUAACAGAUUAUGGUUAACUUGAGUGUGAAGGGAUUUCCACACGAAUGUGAUACUUGUAUAUAAAGCCAUUAAAAGUUUGUCAUGGUAUUCACCUGUAACCAUUGUUAUAUUGAUGUUUUAAAGCAUUUCUAGUGUAGAAGCUGAGGACUAAAUGCAGCUGUUUGCAUGUGUGGAUACUUAUCUGAAUGAGUUUCAGUUUUUCCAGUCAUUUCUUUUAUAUGUCACCAAAGGAAAGGUCUUUUUCUUAAGACAAGGGUUUGUAUGCCAUAACAUAUCGAUGCUCUGUCAAAUGUUUAAUAAAGUCUCAGUACAUCGGUCUGGU